UUCCGUCUUUGUAUAUCUCAAGCUUCAACAUGUCCGAUCUGCCAUCCAUCUCGUCCCUGCCGUCACUGUCUGCUGAGCAGAGGGCAGAUAUUCUCGACCUACUGUUCGAACCCAGCACCCCCCUCCAUACGCUGUCGGUGGAGCUGCUGCGUAACCGAACAUUUGCAUCGUACAAUGACCUUAUCGCGACUGUCGGCGUACAGCUGACCGAGCUCUCCGAGUCAUCUUCGGCCAGUGACACCAAAUGGCUGGAAAGCAUACUGGGAUCACACCCUAGACUUGGUGCAAAGAAAGUCGAGAGUGCUCAGAGCCAAGCAGAACAGGCACAACUCAACACUGGCGGUGAAGAGGAAGCUGCCAGACUGCGCGACCUCAACGAAGAGUACGAAAAGACGUACCCUGGACUGAGAUAUGUUGUUUUCGUCAACGGUCGUAGUAGACCCGUCAUUAUGGAGGACAUGAAACGGAGAAUUGCUGCUGGAGACAUUGCCGCGGAGCGAGCAGCCGCGAUUAAGGCCAUGUGUGAGAUUGCUGCGGAUCGCGCGAGCAAGUUGCAGAAAGCAUGAUCGACCACGAUAUUGUUCUCCGGGUCUGGUGUAUCGCUGAGAGUAGCACAUUUGUGAGAAACACUGCAUCGCUCUGCAUCGCUCUGCAUCGCUCUGAUGGACAUUGACACACUGCCCGACCCUUCCGACAUGCGAGCUCUCUGCCUGUUUCCUUCAUGGUUCCAUCGGACCUAGCUAGAACUUGUGUUUAGAGCGGAUGGGCAAUAUUAUCGACGUGCUUGGCUCGAGGAGCAAUCUAACCGCAGUUUGACUCUCUUGUUCAUCGGUCUACUACAAAUGUGAAGUGUUGUGGCUACAUCUUCCUGAU